CCUAUUUUUAAACUUUAUGAAUCCACAAAAAGUGUUCUCCCAUUCUUCCUUGCAAAAGGCUUCUAGUUCUGUAAUAUUCUUUGGUCGGCUUGCAUGCACAGCUCUUUUAAGAGCUAGCCACAAAUUUUCAAUGAUGUUUAAAUCAGGGGACUGUGAUGGCCAUUCAAAAAUCUUUAGCUUGCGUCUCUUGAGGUAUUUCAUAGUGGUGUUUCCUGUGCCACUGGCUGCAACACAUUCCCAAAUCAUGAUAGAUCCACCCCAUGCUUAAUAGUUGGCAAGGUGUUCUUUUCAUGAAAUGCUGAUCCUUUUUUAUCCAAACAUGCCUUUUUCUGAUUGUGGCCAAAGAGUUCUAUUUUAACUUCAUCAGUCCACAGCACUUGUUUCCAAAACGCAUCAGGCUUGUAGAUGUUCUGUUGCAUACUUCUGACGCUGGAUUUUAUAAUGGGGACGCAGGUCAUUUUCGGAGCUGGCAGCUAACUUUGCUAGAGAAGUGCCAUCAGUAUUAUUCACUGAAUUCUUAUCUUCCUUAAAUAGGGAGUAUGUAUACUAUUUCCAAAGACACCAAGAUUGUGGUGGUGGGUGCAGGAUUUGCAGGUUUGGCUGCAGCAGCCUCUUUGUUCCAGGCUGGAUUUCAGAAUGUCAAGAUACUUGAAGCUAAAGAGCGAGUAGGUGGAAGAAUUUUCACUACUAAACCAUUUACAGAGAACAUUAUUGAAGUUGGUGCAAACUGGAUCCAUGGACAGGAUGGGAAUCCUCUCUACCAGUUAGCCAAAGAGCAAGGCUUGCUGGCUGAGGCCAGAGCAGCAAGCAUGUCGAUGUGCUUGCCCCACUCUGUUACCCCACGUGAUUACUUUUUCAUGGAGGGUGGAAAACAGAUUUCAACUGACACAGUUGAUCAGGUGUGUUCCCUGUUUAGUAAACUCACCUCAAAAGCCUUUGAGUCAGAGCUGGAAGAUGAACACAGAGCUCUAAGUUUUGGAGACUACCUUGAUGUUUCCUUUGCUAAAUCACCUUUAGCUACAUCAGAAGGUGGAUCAAAAAUUUUUGAGUGGUGUAAAAGAAGUGAAUGCACAGAUGAGGCUGCUUCCUCUCUGUAUGAAGUGUCUGCAUCUCAGAUUGGUUACUACAUUGCUCUUGAGGGAGGCUUUUUUAACUCCCUGGGUCCUGGGGGUUAUCAGGCAAUUUUAGAUCAUCUUGUGAAAGAUCUACCUUCAGGAACUAUAUUGACCAAUACAGGAGUGAAAAGCAUCCAUUGGAACUUGAAAACAAACUCUAAUGGCAACGAGGGCAAAGAACACAACCAUCCUGUUAGAGUGGUCUGUGAAAAUGAUCAGAUCAUUAAAGCUGACCAUGUGAUUGUAACUGUAUCUUUGGGGGUCUUAAAACAACAAGCAAGAACCAUGUUUGAACCUGCCUUACCAAAACCAAAGCUGGGUGCUAUCGAGAGACUAGGCUUUGGCACAGUGGACAAGAUCUUCUUGUGUUUUAGUCAACGAUUUUGGCCAGAAGACUGUGCAGGAAUCCAGCUUGUGUGGAAUGAGGGACCUGAAGAUAAGACAGUCUAUAGCAAUCGAAAAGAAGAUGAGAUCUGGAAAGAGACAUGGUUUAAAAAGAUCUGUGGGUUUGACGCUGUGGCCCGUCAUCCUACAGUGCUCUGCGGCUGGAUCACAGGCAGAGAGGCUAUUCAUAUGGAGACACUGCAGGACAGAGAGAUUGGGGAUGUCUGUGUAAGAUUGCUCAGGUCCUUCACUGGCUGGUCUGUUCCUGAUGUGUCUCAAGUUCUGAUCUCAAGGUGGGGUCAUGACCCACAUGUCCUAGGCUCCUAUACAUUCAUUCCUCACUGGGUAAAUGGGGUGAAAGAGCAUGAGGCACUGGCAUCACCUCUUCCUUGUUGUAGUCAAGUCCCAGAGAGCAAGCCUUUGCAGGUGCUGUUUGCAGGUGAAGCAACUCAUGUGAACUUCUACACCACCACCCAUGGAGCCUAUCUGUCAGGGAUCAGAGAAGCACAGAGACUCAUCAACCAGUACACUCAUUAAAGGGUCUGUCCAGAGGACUGACGCUGAUACAACGUAAAGGAUUUUUUUUUUUCAUGAACUGAGUUGUAUUUGAACUUGAUAGAUAUGGAGUUUGAUGGUAUGUGGCUUUAUUAAAUAAUUAACUUUAGUUAUGCCAGCCAUUGAUUUAUCAUUCAUUUGAUGCUACCUUUAAUGUUUUCUUUAGACGUGUUAUAAUAAAUAAUUUAAUUCCACAUCAUUUAGGUUGUUUUCAGUUACACUGAACUGCAUUGUAAUAUAGGAUAGAGAGAAUAAAAUUAGAGAACAGUGUCAAACAAUUGUACGUGUUGUUAAUCAAAAU